AGGCAGAAAGUACUGAUGAAUUAAGUGAUGAAGGUUCAAUGCUUUGGUGUACUGAAGAACUGGAAAAUAAUGUGAAAGAAACUUUACAACUUUUAAUGAAUGCUGAUUCAAUUUUUGAAAAUGAAAACUCACUUACAAUAAGUGAAUCUAGCCAAGCCUCUGAAGAUGAAUUUAAUCCACAAACUGAUGAUCAGGAGUCCAACGAUGAUGAGGAUUUUAACAAGAAAUAUUUGUUAUCUGAUAAUGAAUUAAUUAAAAAAUUGAAAAUAAAAUUAACUAAUAUUUUAAAAGCUGGUGGUAAUCUUCCAGAAUCAUUUCGAGAAAGACAUCCUAAAAUUAAAAGUAUUUUGGAAAAUGAGGAUAUUCAAGCUGAAAUUGUUUUAUUUUUAUGUGAAAAUAAGUUUGAAUUUUACAUUGCUGAUUUU